AUGCAUAAUCGAAAUUCUACAACAGAAAAAAAAAUAAAAAAAAAAAUGUACUUUUUACUUCCAUGGUUUCUUACAACAUUGAUUCUCUCAUCCUCCAUUUCCUUAGCUCAACAGAACUAUUCAGGAAGCCUGAAAUCGACCUGUUAUAACAGUGAUAAAACAGGGCCAUCCCCUGCUUUUCUCUACACGUGCUAUCACGUGACACCUUCUUGCACUGCUUUCUUGAUCUUUAGAACCAAGCCUCCCUACCUUACAAUCUCCUCCAUAUCGGCCCUCGUUUCUUCCCAGCCGUCCGAUCUCAAUCUCGACCUCGAUCUAAAUCGAAUCAAUGACGUCUCGAGUAGUACGACGGUGUUGCCUCCCGGCGACACGGUCGUGUUGCCGGUAAGAUGUUCUUGCUCGGGGCAAUACUAUCAGGCGAAUACCUCAUAUGUCGCCGAUGACGACGACACUUAUUACACAAUUGCAACUGAGACAUACCAGGGGCUUACGACAUGCGACGCGCUAAUGCGCGCAAAUCCUUAUGAUCCGUUAAAUGUGUCGUCGGGGUUGGAAUUCCAAGUGCCGCUAAGGUGCGCGUGUCCUACGAUCGGACAGAUUGCGAACGGCACAAGGUUCAUGCUGACGUUCGUUGCGACAGCCAACGAUUCGCUGUCUGAAAUCAGUGAAACAUUCAAUGUAAGCAUCGAAAGUAUAGCUUCAGCCAACGGGUUUAAUUCGCUAGAUCCGAGAAUUUAUCCGUCGACGACGAUAUUGAUUCCGCUGACAAAUACCCCUUCGGCGACGACAAUCAAACCUUCAUCUCCAACGAUGCCUCGGAAAACUAGACAUAAAAUGUCGCGUAUAGGGUUGUUCGUCGGAUUAGGAAGCGGCGCAGCUCUUGCAGUCCUCUGUUUUGCUCUGUUUCUAGGACUGUCCGGUUAUUACACGAGAAAAAGAACGAUCAACGCCUCGAAAAUCAGACAGGGAGUGUCCGGAAUUGGCGGAACCUUGAAGGUAUACACAUACGAAGAACUCCGGGAAGCCACCGACAACUUCAGCGACAAAAACCAGUUGAGCAAAUCCAUUUACAGAGGAAGUCAUCGAGGGAAUCCAAUAGCCGUCAAGAAAAUGGACAAAGGCGCGUCGAAGGAGAUCAAAAUCCUCGGAAACGUCAACCAUUUCAAUCUCAUUACACUCUACGGCGCAUGCUUGCACGGCCGCGUUUCUUACCUCGUCUACGAGUUCUUACAAGAAGGCUCGCUAAAAGAAUGGCUCCACAAAGAAAACGCGCCGCUCAUCGGGAGCUGGCAUCGCCGGAUUCUCAUCGCUUUGGACAUCGCCAGUGGGCUCGAUUACCUCCACAACUGUGCUAAUCCGGGUUACGUCCACAAGGACAUCAAUAGCGGCAACAUUUUGCUAACCGGAGACUUGAGGGCCAAGAUCGCGAAUUUUAGCCUUGCGAGAGACUAUAACGGUGAUCGACGAACGAACAAUGUGGUGGGCGAGAAGGGGUACAUGGCGCCCGAGUAUGUUCGGGAGGGGAGAGUGACGGCAAAAACGGAUGUCUACGCGUUUGGGGUUGUGCUCUUGGAAUUGAUCACCGGGAAAGAUGCGAUCGCUCUCUCAAAUGAGAUUGUGUCGGUUUUCGAUAGAGUCGAAUCGGCGGAUGAUGUCGGUGGCCUUAUUGAUGCUCGGCUCAGAUACGAGCAUCCGCUCGGGUAUGUUGUCGAGCACACAGAGCUUGCCUGGCGACUGCUGAAAGUCGCCAAGGCAUGCUUGGCUCGAGACACUGGUGACAGGUUAGCUGCGGUAGAAAUUGUUGUUAAGUUAGUGAAAAUCUUAGGAGAUGUCCAGAGUUCUCAAUAGUUACCAGUGACAGGUAGAGCUGUUAGUCGAGUUGAACGAGCUGAGUAAUGGUUGUUCGAACUCGACUCGAAUUUGUUAUCGAUACAGGCUCAAUUCGGUUCAUUAAGAAUUCGAACUAAAAUAGUAAUUCGAGCUCGACUCGUUAAGCUCAAAUUAAUGAAUUAAAAUAGUAGUUCGAGUUCGAUUCGUUAAAUUCAAAUUAA